UAAUGUGUGUACUUUUAGAUAAUGACGGCCUAAGUUACAAGCUGUAACAUUCUACAUACUUUUGGAAUGUCAACAGGAUCAGAUGGUCUUCUCAUGACUUUCCUUAGCUAAUAGAGAAAAUAAUGGCCUCGUAUACGUCUCUGUUAGACGAAAGUAAAUUUCACAACUGGUUGAAAUCUGCACUAGCUGUUCUUUUUGCCAAAGAAGGGAUAGAAGAAUUUGUCCAUGAUGAAAUGGUAUUUUUACAAAGAGAUUUGCUUCUGCAUAUCUAUACAAACUAUCCAGUACCAGUCGGAACUGUUUGCUCAGAAUGUACCACUGAAAACGUGUUAUAUUGCAAAACUCAUAAUUUUUGUACACCCGGAAAUACACGAUGCAAACUUCAUGACCAAACUGACCCACUUAAAACACCCCAAAAAUGCCGUAAACAACUGUGUCAUCAUCUUAGAGAUGGAUUGAAAUCAUUCCACAGAAACGAAAAACCAUCUUGGAAAAUAACGGAUGCUCGGCGUUGGUGUAUGGAUCCAUUCCAGCUGGCAAAAUGCUUUUUGCCACCCGAUGGGUACAAAGAUGUGUCCAGUCUAAAAGACACUGAUUUUAACGGGGUCGUCAGCAUCAUUAUCAACUGCAGACGAUUCCAGUUAAAAUUUGAAAAUGAUUUGUCACUUGAGACAAACGUAUGCUCAGAGGCAAGAAAAGUCGGAAGAAAUGUCCGCCAUUCUUCUGACUUGUCAGUUACAGAGACAACACUCCAAGAAAAUAUUGACAUACUACUUGCUCUUCUCUCAGACACGGCCUACUUAGCAGCAAACAGAAACGCAAAGGCUGCAAUCGAAAAAAUAAAUCAGCUGAAAAUGGACAUACUUGUGAUUGCAAGCACACGUAUCCAAAAUGUGAUUGAAGAUGUCAUAAGGGAGCACAGAAACACGUCACCAACAGAAAUAGAUAAAGCAAAGCUGAAAGCUGAAAGCCUUGAACGAAAUCAAAGCGGAGUCCUUGGUACGAUGUAUGACAAUAAAAGACGUUUGCGGAAGAUUCCAGGAAAAGAUGAGUACAUGUUAUAUUCAGAUAAACAGGAUAAAUACAACAACAUUUAAUCAGUUUAUAAACAUUACACAUGUGGGUACAAGUGAUUCACCUAGAGGUAUUGAGCAUAAAGACGAAAGACUGAGAAAAGAUUUACAGGAAGAUCUCGUGACAUUUUACGAAGAUGAGUACAAAGCUAUUCCUGUAUCACCGCUUGUCCCUGGUCACGAUGCAAACAUUUUAGACUUCUACGUUAAACCGAACAUGCAAAUUGCCCAAUGGAAUAUUGCAGGCAGAUUUACAAGGGGUUCUCCUAAAAGCCAAGUCAUUUCAUACAAGGAUGUUUUCAUGAACGGUUCUUCAAAGUGUCAUGAUAUUUAUGUUACUGCAAAGGCAGGUAAUGGAAAAACAACAUUCGCGAAAAGACUCUGUAUGAUUUGGUGCUGCACAAAAGGAGGAAGCAAAAUUUCCUACUCCAGAUAUAUAAUAAUUGAAGAAAAUGACCUUGCAAUGCUUCAGACAUUUUCCUUUCUUUUUUUCAUUCCGUUAAGGGAAGUACGGGGGAAUGAGUGUGAUCUUGAUGAUAUUAUUUAUAGUCAAGUCAUUGAUAGGUUGUCGCGUUCUCAAUUAUAUGAUCGUUCAUUUCUUAAAACAAUUCUUCAUGAGGAGACAAGUCUUGUUAUUUUAGAAGGUUUAGAUGAAUGGUUUCAUCCUGAACGCAGUGUCUGCACCAACGUUUCUUCUAUACCACACCGAAAGCCGCGCGAGAAAUGCACUUUUCUUUCAACUACAAGGGUGUCAAAAAUGUAUCAGGCGGGAAUAAAAAACAGUAGGGUUGAUAAAUAUAUAAAAAUGACAGAAUUAGGAGAGGAAUCGGUGAAACAGUUAAUACACAAUGUUGUCUUAAGUAUGACCGGGACAGACAAAGAAGUAGAAUCCGCAGAAAAAUUUAUUCAACAACUUAGACAUAUACUUUCUGAACUGGCUGCAACGCCAAUCAUACUUAUUCAACUCCUCUGCUUGUGGCGUGAUGGCAGAACUACCGGAAAAACAAUCUGUGACAUAUAUCUCAAUAUCAUUGAACUUAUGUUGCAACUCCGAGAAGAACGACACGGCAAAAUGUGUUUUUCUACAGCCAGAAAUCAAACAGAACAAAGUAAACCACCUCCAUCAAGUCUUAAGAAAUACGAAUAUUGUCGGAAGUACUACCAGCUUUUAGUUUCCAUUGGAUGUAUAUCAUUUAAAGGAACAUUCAGCGGAGUACAUUCGCCUUCACUUGUCUAUGAAUCAUCAAUAGUACAAAGCAUUCUAUCUGAGAAAGAAAUUCGGUGUUGUUUACAAAUGGGUAUUUUGACUGAAAAAACUGCGAAAGGCUUUUCGAAGAAAGUUUCAAACUAUUCUUUUAAUCACAAGACAUACCAAGAAUUCUUUACAGCGCUAUAUGUACAAGCAUAUUCUUCCACUGAGUGUGUAUUAGCAUUUUGCCAAAACCUUGAAACAAUACUAAGUAUGAAAUCUGUGCUCGUCUUUCUUAGUGGCCUAAAUUCAGAGUUGUUCAGUUUACUUUCACAUCAGCUUAGCAAUGCUAUGUCUGAUUUUUGCUUUUUGAGAAGCUUUAGAAGAAUUGACGCCUUAAUGAAUAGUGACUUGAGUGAAAAUCACCACCUGUUGAAACUGUAUCAAGACAUGAACAUAUCGUGUGUUAGGGAAUGUGAGUUAGAAGGAAAAACUGUUUAUCUUGAUGACUUUUUCUUAGAUGAACACAUCAAAAACAAAGAAUACUGCUGUACGUUAAGGACAUUGAUAAAAAUGAACAGGCAGAGGAUAAAAUCUUUAACAAUAACUGAUCUGAGUGCGAAUAUGCUUCGUGAAAGCGUUGACAUGUUUCAGUUAAAUCGGAUGGACACUUUAGUGAAAAUAUUUAUUCGUUGUGAAAUAGACGAGAAAGACUUGGACAUCCUUCUGAAAUCAUCUGUAAAAACUUUGAAAUGUAUUAGAAUAGUCAGUAGCAUCUGGAAGGGAAGUUGUUCGACACGUAGACACAUUCCGUUGUCCGAAAUAGCUUGUAAUGCAAUUGAAAAUAUGCCUGAGCUAGUAUCGCUAGUUAUGGAAUACCUCAUUUUAACUCACAGCCAGCUGGAAAACCUGGUGACAUGGGUUGAAAGAAAGAUAACUUUAGAACAGUUUGGUUUAUCUGGAAUUAAGUGUAAAGAUCACGGUGAAACUUGUCCCGGAGCCGCACUUGACAUGUCUGGCCAUUCCCAUAUCGAAUCUCUCGUUUUAGACUUGUCGCCAGUUUCAAAUAUUAAAGUAAACCUGGCAGCAUUGCAGGAGUGUAGUGUAGGGGAGUGCUAUGCAGAAUGUGUUCUUUUCGACAUGCUAAAAAAUCUCGAAAAAGCCAACAAAUUGCGAGCAGUACAAUAUUUUCAUUUAACGCCCCCGAAAGUCAUUGAGCAAGCCUUGAAUACACUGCAAAAACUAACGGGAUUAGUUUCUUUGGAGCUUCAUGAAAUUGAUCUGGGACAAACAGACUUGAAAUUACCAGAAAGUAUGAAAAAUAUAAGAUGUAUUCGUCUCGAUGAUAUGAAAUUGUCAGAAACUGUUUUGCAAAAUCUUCUUACAAGGAUAAAAAUGUUUCAACAGCCGGUCAGGAUUGAUAUGUGGAACUGUCAAAUCACACCAGAGGAUUCGUUUCUGAUGCUAAAAGAUAGUAUUCAUUCAUCGGAUGAAUUUAGAGAAUGAAUGGAGUACGACUGUUGAUAGUCUGUUUUCCUUUGAAACGAAAAAGUAUGAAGAUGAUGAUUAGAAUAAAACAAAGAAAAUAGAGAGAGAAACUGUUCGAGGUGUUCCUGUGUUCAAGAAACGCACCGCCCAUGUUUGUGAUAUUCAAUACAUGACCUUUGUCACAUGUGCACUUGUGGCUUUAUGAGUUUCACAAAGAAAACCAUUUUACUAAAUCGGAUUUUUUGAGUAAUGAUAAAUGUAUAUCAAAAUAAUUGCAUACAUGUUGCAAGAAUGAAAUAUUUGUCAUGAA